AUGGAAUCCGAAUCGGAGAGCGGGGCUGCCGCUGACACCCCCCCACUGGAGACCCUGAGCUUCCAUGGCGACGAGGAGAUCAUCGAGGUGGUGGAGCUGGACCCCGGCCCGCCGGACCCGGAUGAUCUAGCCCAGGAGAUGGAAGAUGUGGACUUUGAGGAGGAGGAGGAAGAGGAAGAGGGCAACGAGGAGGGCUGGGUUCUGGAGCCCCAGGAAGGGGUGGUGGGCAGCAUGGAGGGCCCGGACGACAGCGAGGUCACCUUUGCACUGCACUCAGCAUCUGUGUUUUGUGUGAGCCUGGACCCCAAGACCAACACGCUGGCGGUGACGGGGGGUGAGGAUGACAAGGCCUUCGUGUGGCGGCUGAGCGACGGGGAGCUGCUCUUCGAGUGUGCAGGCCAUAAGGACUCUGUGACUUGUGCGGCUUUCAGCCAUGACUCUGCCCUCGUGGCUACCGGGGACAUGAGCGGCCUCUUGAAAGUGUGGCAGGUGGACACCAAGGAGGAGGUCUGGUCCUUUGAAGCAGGAGACCUGGAGUGGAUGGAGUGGCACCCUCGGGCACCUAUCCUACUGGCGGGCACUGCUGAUGGCAACACAUGGAUGUGGAAGAUCCCCAGUGGCGACUGCAAGACCUUCCAGGGUCCCAACUGCCCAGCCACCUGUGGCCGAGUCCUCCCUGAUGGAAAGAGAGCGGUGGUCGGCUAUGAAGAUGGCACCAUCAGGAUCUGGGACCUGAAGCAGGGAAGCCCUAUCCAUGUGCUAAAAGGGACUGAGGGUCACCAGGGCCCUCUGACCUGUGUUGCCACCAACCAGGAUGGCAGCCUGAUUCUGACUGGCUCUGUGGAUUGCCAGGCCAAGUUGGUCAGUGCCACUACUGGCAAGGUGGUGGGUGUUUUCAGGCCUGAGUCUGUGGCCUCCCAGCCCAACCUGGGAGAAGGGGAGGAGAGCGAGUCCAACUCAGUGGAAUCCUUGGGCUUCUGCAGUGUGAUGCCUCUGGCAGCUGUUGGCUACCUGGAUGGGACCUUGGCCAUCUAUGACCUGUCUGCGCAGACCCUCAGACACCAGUGUCAGCACCAGUCCGGCAUCGUGCAGCUGCUGUGGGAGGCGGGCACCGCCGUGGUCUACACCUGCAGUCUGGACGGCAUCGUGCGCCUCUGGGACGCGCGGACCGGCCGCCUGCUGACCGACUACCGGGGCCACACGGCCGAGAUCCUGGACUUUGCCCUCAGCAAAGAUGCCUCCCUGGUGGUGACCACCUCAGGAGACCACAAAGCAAAAGUGUUUUGUGUCCAGAGACCUGACCGCUAG